CUUCUUCCACUGAACUGCUAUACUCCCCCUCUCAAUUGUAAAUUGUCCUAUCUACACUUCAUCAUCCCAUCCGGCAGAGACUCCAGGCCAUCAAAAAUAGUCAGUUGUCAUGUCACCAAUCAGACCUUCAUCUGCUCCUCCGCUUUCACGAUACCGUGUAAACAACAUUGAAGAUGACUACACGGAGGAACACUCCCUGUACGCGGACAUGGCGGAUACCGUCACGGAGGAACACUCCAUCUACUCGGACAUUGCAGAGACCGCCACGCCGCCGGACUCACCACACGCUCCGCCAUCGCUGGUGGACUCCGAUGCCUCAACCAUCUCCUCCUCAUCCUCCGACACCAGCGGAACCUCGCCGCCACUAUCGGCCACCCACUACCGGCACCACACCUCCCCUGGGUCCGUCUCCUACCCCGAAAAGUACACCCGCACAUUCACCUCGCGACUUCUCGGCUUCCCGCAGACGAUCGUGGACCCGUCCGUAGUAACCUCCUACAGCCCGUGCACCGGCUUCUCACACACACUCUGGACGCCGGCGACCCCCAGCUUCCCACACAAAUCCAAGUUCCGAUCCGCGGCGCACAGCCGCCUAGACACGUACAUCGACCCGUCCUGCAUCAUCGUCAGCGUAGUGGGCCGUUUGAACGCCGCGACGAACACCCUCACCUACGGGAUCUUCCACGGGCCGGGCAGCGCGCGCAACCUCUCCGGCGUGGUCCCGCACGGCGCGAACGAGCGCACGCGCACGCGCCUGCACGCCGAGCUCUACGCCACAGAGCAGGUACUGGCGCAGGUGCUGUCGCUGCUGCAGCACGAGGGCGCGGGGGCGGACGGCGGCGGCGAGUGGCCCACCGCACGGAACGUGGUGCUCGUGACGGAUUCGCGCCGCGUGAUGCAUGCGCUGUCCAGCUGCGUGUACACGUGGAAGGCGAAUGGGUGGACGCGCGCGCGCGGGAAGAAGGCGGUUGCGAAUGCGGCGGCGUGGAAGGCGAUCCUGGAGCUCGUGGAGAAGGUCGAGGCCCGCGGCGUCGGCGUUAGGGUCUGGACUAUUGCCGAGAAUGUCAAUGCCGAUGCUAUGCUCCUGGCCGCCGCGGCGGAACACUCUGCGGACAGGAAGGGCCUGCCGUACGGGACCGCGGCAAUGGUUCCAGCUUCGCCGGUGUACCCGCAGGGCUGGCAGCAGCAGCAGCAGCAGAAUGGUGGGUACCGAGACCCGGGCUAUGGAUAUCAUGCUCCGGUGUAUGGCAACAACGGGUGUGUGUCUUGCGGGUGGUGUUGGGUCUACCCCUCCGGGAGGCUGAAAGUGUGGCUAGCUUUCUAUCUUUAA